GCUUGUUGUACACUGCUCAUGUCUUCUCGACUGAUCUAAAAUCCUAUCACUUAACACAUCUGUGAAGGAUUCCAUGUUAUUUGCUUAAGAGAACAAAGCACAAAGCAGCCCAAUCUUCUCCUCGCUUUGCCUCUCUGCUUUAAUAAAAGCAAAGCAUAACGCAUUCCUUAACCUGUCAAUCUGUCCAUCCACACGCAGCCGCUUUACCAACUCUCCCAAGAACACACACAAGACACAAACUGAGAUGCUCACCUGUCGCUGCGAUCCAUUUGCCGCUGCAUUUUGAUCAUGCCGUCUCCAACCUCGUCGGCGUCGGCAGCGGCCAGGGGGAGCGCUGGCGCCGGCGAUACCCUACGCAACUCCUGCCACGACUUCGCGCGCAGCCUGGCGCGGCUGCCGGCCAGCAUCAUGGACGGCCUCUCCAGGUCCAUGGCUCGCCGGAGCCGCCGCCCCCGCGACACCCAGCCUCACCCUCCUCUUCCUCCGCCGCUGCUGCCGGAGGAGCUCUUCUUCGCCGAGUUCGAGCGGCGGUACGGCGGCCGCCACCCGUUCUUCUACGGGUGCCGGCUAGCCGAGGCGCUGGGGAUCGCGCGGCGGGAGGGGAGGCUGGUGUUCGUCUACCUCCACGACGCCGGCGGCGGCGGAAACCCCUACGCCGACCAGUUCUGCACGGGGACGAUGUGCUCCGACGUGGUGGUGGAGUUCCUCGACGCCAAUUUCGUGUCGUGGGGCGCCGUCGCCGGGAGAGGGGAAGGUGCGGCCAUGGUGGCGGCGCUGCGGCCCGGCAGCUUCCCCUUCUGCGCCGUCGUCUCUCCCGUCUCCGACGAGAGCAUCGUCAUCCUGCAACAGGUAGAAGGCCCGGUUUCGCCUUCAGAGCUGGUGGACAUUCUUCAGAGAACAAUCGAUGAGCAACGUGCAUCCUCCAGACAGUCUUGGCCUGAUGAGCAGCUAGCUGCAGCAGUGAGAGCCUCAAGAGCUGAUGAAGAAGAGAGGAUGAGAUCAGUAGCUCUAAGGCUAAGACAGGAGCAAGAUGCAGCUUAUCUCGAAUCACUUCGAAAGGAUCAGGAGAAAGAAAGGUCCAGGAAGAGUGUUCAGGAGGGAUCUGCGAAACCAAAGGCGAGCAAUGUGCUUCGUCCAAGAUACCCUGGUCAAUCUGCAAGGGAGCCUAACAAGGCAGCUCAGGCCAGAGCUCCUGCUCAGAAUCAGAAUGGAACUGUGGCUUCACACAGAGCAGAAGCAAAUACCAAGAUAAUGAUAAGAUUUCCCAAUGGAGAGAGAAGGCAGCAGGCGUUCCAUCAUACAGAUACCAUCAGGGAAAUCUACAGGUAUGUUGAUUCCCUAGGCAUACCAGGCAUCGGAAAUUAUCAGCUCGUGAGAAGCUAUCCAAGGAAAACUUAUGGUCGCCAGCAGCUGGAGAUGAGUCUCCAAGAUGCAGGCUUCUAUCCAAGUGUAACACUGUACAUUGAACAGCUUCAGUAAACAUGCUGUAACCAUGAAGAUGACUGCAAAUUUCGUGUAACAAAUUACGUACAAACAUCUGCAUAUGUGCAUGUGUUUCUGCAUUCAACUCUACUGAAUGCGUACUGCCACUUUGCAUACAUCGAAACAAGUUACAGUAUGUUGCAAAGGAAAAGCCACAGGCCUGAAACUUCAAAGUUCA